AUGUCUGUCAAAAAUAUCCAGUUAAUGAAGUGGAGCUUCCCGGCAUUUGCGUUUAUCAUUGGAUUUUUUUGGUACAAACGUCGAGCAUUAGAUCGAGUUGACCCCGGUGGGAUACCCAGGUCAGAUAAAAGUUCACCAGCGAAAGAACCAGCCACUGAUAAAUCAAACGGCGAAAUAAAUACAUCUAAAAAGAACGACCUAGACUUGUACGAUUCAGGAAUCCACGUCGAAAAAUCAUUAAACUCACUGAGCCUAUUGGACCAGACCCCGCCGAAAGAGCAGGUGGUUACUUUCAGUCCCCGCAAAGUUAGCGAGAGCUUAGAUAUACCGAUGAAGAAAUCUGACUCAAUGUCAAUCAGGUCGCGAAAAUCUUCGGGCAACAGCAUACCUUGGUACGAGGACGUUGAAGGUUUGCCCGACAUGAAGGAAGUUGUUCUGGGCAGCAACCCGAAAUCUUCAAGCUUCGACAGAAUGAUCCGCAAGAAACCUCCAGUUAUUCUUGAAAAUAUCGAAGACAAUAACAAUACUAAUAAUAAUAAUAAUAAUAAUAAUAAUAAUACUGGCGAGGAGCAAGUUUCUGGGAGGGAAGUUGUUGUCAGUAAAGUUGAAGCGAGUAUUGAGCAGGGGCAAGUUGUUAUUAAGGAACAGAAUGAGGUGCAAGAGCCGGUUAAAGAGGAAGGCGAUAAAGCUGCACCAGAGGAACAAGAUGAAUUACUACAGCAAACAGUUGUUGCUUCGCCUCAAACCAGAUCACGUUCAAUUAGCAUUGAAACUUGUGAGAAAACAAAUGAUACUGCUUCCGCUGGAGAUGAGACUAAAACGGGUCAGGCUUUGUUUGAACGAGAUUCUGCAAAUCAUAGUCCUGUUUCCGGAGUAUUAGACGGCAGUGUCAAUGAUGACAUCAGAAGCGAAGGUAGCACUGACAGUGGAAAAGGUGGAAGCAUUAAUGGAAAAGUACCAAAAAACAAUAGCAAAACAUUUUAUGAAUUUUUAAUCCCUGAAAAAUUCGUCGGAAAACUUAUAGGAAAACACGGUGCUUCAAUAAAGAGCCUGAACGAUCAGGCAAAUGUUAAUAUUACCAUUGACUUUCAUCCAUUAGAUGAAGACUUGAGAUUAUGUAUAAUUGAAGGGCUGUCGGAAAAUAUUGCGACAGCGUUGGACCUGAUCAGACAAAAAUUCCCUAAAAAAGCUUACCCAGGGUUUACACUUGAACAAGUUAAUGUAACGACAUCGCCCGAAGAAAUAACUUGGGUGCCAGAAUUGAUGCAGCUGCAAUUAGUUGAGAGUCUUAAUAAUGAUGUAUUGGUGUGUCAUAUUUUAAAACCAAAUCGUUUAUUCAUACAAUUACCCACACAUCCUACGUAUCCUUCAUUCAAGCUAUUAGAUUACAACUUGACACAAUUCUAUAGCACUGUCGAAUCACCUCAUGUGCCAGACCAACUUACCCGCGGUAUGAUUGUCGUCGCACAGUGGUACAAUAAAUGGGUGAGGGCGUACGUAGAACAGCCAGAUAUUGAAGGUUUACAGCAUUUAUUACGUUUAGUUGAUCAUGGAGGUUUCUGGAAAUUUAGUAGUGCUGAACUUCGUCAAAUUAGAUCUGAAUUUCUUACAUUGCCUUUUCAAACUUUAGAAGUUAAUUUAGCUUAUGUAAGACCGAUUAAUGGUGAAUGGACGCAAGAAGCGUUCGAUGUAGUAUCUCAAAUUUGUAGUAAUCGUAUUAGUCAAGCACAGGUUGAAGCAUAUACUAAUACUGAAAUUUUCGUCAGUUUAUAUAUUGAAUUACCCAAACACGGGGUGAUAUCCCUCGCAGAUGAAUUAGUAGCACGUGGUUACGCGGAGUCUGUAAGUUUUGAAGAAUUGUUAGCAGAUCAUUGUACGCCGUUGGUAUCAUAA